ACUUUAGUUGGUACGGUUUGUACCACCAGGCGCUUGCUUGUACCACGUGCGUUGCGAACGGCUGCGCCGGCACUGGCAUCGAGAGCGCGUGAACACGGGUGUUCUGUGGCUUGAAAAUGUCGCGCGGCCCAUAGGCCAUCGCAAAAUGAGGGUGGCGGACGCGUUGGCCGUCGCUUUUGGUCUGUCAGUGCUCAGCGAGAUCGUCUACUUUAUUUACAAGAAGGUGACGUGCGAGAAAAAGCGGCACCGAAGCAAGAAGGCGGCUGCCUUCGGCAGCCAGGUGAUCUUCUUCCCAGACCGUGGCGUGGCUUGCCCUAAAGCGACGCACGACGACUCCGACACGUGCGGCAACCCGAACUGCUGCUUCCUGCACGGCCGCACCUCACUGCGCACACUGGUGCACACGCUCACGUCGGCUGAGCACACCCUCGACGUGUGUGUCUACAUGAUCACCUGCGACACCCUGGGCGACGCCAUCCUCGGCACGCACCACCGUGGCCGCACCGUACGGGUGAUCACCGAGGCCGAGGGAUCCGACACGCCCGGCUCACAAAUCGGCAGGUUACGUGAAGCCGGCAUCCCCGUGCGGGUGAACAACCAGACGUCAUUCCUGAUGCACCACAAGUUUGCACUGGUCGACCGGGAGGUGCUCAUUAGUGGCUCCUUCAACUGGACGCGCCAGGCCAUCACAGGCAAUCACGAGAACCUACUGAUGACGAGCGAGCCAGACCUGGUGGACGCAUACGCACACGAGUUCGCGCGGCUCUGGGAGCUGUUCAAGCCGCGUCCACGACAAGACCUGGAGUGCACUCGGCAAACCGCAGAGUCGUGGUGACCCAGGGCCUCACUUAGCCCUCAGGCCAGAACAUGCCUUGGCCAGUCACUAGGUGGCGCCUCCUAUAGACGGGGCGUGCAUGCCUGCACGCACGGUCAUACAAGUGGCAUUCCAUUUGUAAACAUUUGUACAUUUUGUAUAUAUAAUAGUGCAUGAUGCAACCGACCAAGGCAAAAGGGCACUGCCGUAUGUCCCGUUUGCCUGCUCUUUAGUAAAUGUUAAUAUAUUGGUCACCACUGUGACCGCUGGCUGAUUUCGUCGUAAUAUCUAUGAAUUCACAUGCAGCUGCUUUCAAAGUACUUUACAAUGCUCAUGGUUUCACCAUGAUCACUCUAAUAUAGCGAUAAAAUAAAUGACUAUUAUGAUCCUGUA